AUGGCUCUAUUCCGUCGGGUUGCAGGCAUUCAUUCUCUCCUGAAACCUGUUGCGAUUGUGAUGCAGUUUUCCCAAUUCGUGGCUGUUUCAACGACCUAUUUGCCUGUUUGGCACCAGACUGGCUUUCGUUAUAAUGUGGUAUCAACUCGAACCAAUUUUUCGUAUGCUUUAAGAGCUGAAACUACUGUGUUUUUGCACCCUAUCCUGCAGUGA